CAUGUCUGGCAAAUAAAGAGACUUAAAGGAGGCCUUGUGCAAUGACGUCACCCCGAGCAGCCCGGCCCACUUGCUUUGGUUGCAGUUUGUAAUGCUGCCACGAGGUGGCGCAACGUGGCCGCUUGUGACCAUGUGCCUUGAGAUGACGCGGUUGGUGCAAACCGCUCACAACAUCGCUGAAAUGUGGAUUAUGGUUCAUCAGAAUCCAUUUUGACGGCGUGUUUGCUUGCUUACACGUGCUGGCGUUGCUAUUGAAUAAGAACCCAUCAAAGGCUGUGGAGGGCGCGGAGCUGGUGUGUCCCGGUUUCCCAUGAUGCAUCGCUUUAUUUAGUCUUGUCGCUCAGGGAGAUGUUGGGAACCUGAUCGAGCUCAGCCUUCGGCGGCGGCGCUGGCUCCGGCUCCGGCUCCUGAAGCCGCCGCGGCUCGGUCUUUGUCUUUCGAGGCGUCUUUGGUCAGCCCGGCAUCAGCCGCAAGGAAUCAGCCAUGGCGUCGUCCAACGUUACGCUGGAGAAUCAGCUGCAGAGCGCCCAGAAAAACCUGCUGUUCCUCCAGCAGGACCACGCCAACACGCUGAAGGGACUGCAUGCCGAGAUCCGCCGACUGCAGCAGCAAUGCACAGACCUGACGUAUGAGCUGACCGUACGAAGUUCCGAUCCUUCAGACAGCGGCGAGGCGCGAUGCCGAGAGCUGCAAAGGAGGUGUGAGGAGCUGGAGGCGGAGCUGAAGAAGAAGGAGGAGGAGAACGCAGAGCUGCUCAGGGACCUGGAGCAGAAGAACGCCAUGAUCUUCGUCCUGGAAAACACCAUCAAGGAGCGGGAGAAGAAGUACCUGGAGGAGCUGAAGAUGAAGAGCCACAAGCUGGCCCUCCUGUCCGGAGAGUUGGAGCAGCGAGCCGGCACCAUCGCUUACCUCACCUCGCAGCUUCACGCCACCAAGAAGAAACUUCUGGCAGGCAGCUCAUCGGAGGGCAGCCCCAACGUCAGCCCGGUCGCCUCCUUCAAGCCCGCGCCGCCGCCCGCCAAAGACGGCCAGCCCGAAACCCCGCGCCGCCGCAUGAGGAAGAGCCUCUCGCAGCCUCUCCACCCCGAGCUGACCGAGGUGUACCGGCUCGGCGCCGACGGCAAGCGGGUGGUCCUGCGGGAGGCCGUCGACGCCAUGCCCGACCCGACGCCCUUCCUGCAGGCGGGCAGAGAGUCUCCGGAUCUGCAGGUGGUACGAGAGCGACCCGCCGUCAUCCCUCCUAUCGCCUCGGAACGCCCGUCCGCCGAGCCCCCGGGGGCUUCGGCCGGCUCCCGUCGCAGCCCGGCUCGGGACCGCCAGUACGGGGCUCACGUGGGCGUGGCUCACCGCAUCCCCCACGGAUCCCCUCGCUCGGUCCCACGCCAAGCUGAGCUGGAGACUCUGGCGGUGGACCAGGUGAAAGAGGAAAAGGUUGUGCGGAAGCGUUCUGGGGCCGACAGGACAGUUUAAAGCCGUUGCACCCGUCCGCGCACACCCGCACAAAAACUACUCACAAAACGCUCGGUGAAAUUUCAGGAUGAACCUAAAAUGCGCGACGCCGAAGCCUGCAGAUGAUCACCGUUCGGUAAUUCAUCGCGUCCUCUUUCAUUAGCUGACACACAAAUUCAGACUUUUUCUGGGGGUGGGGGUGCCCAGGGCAAAGCCGUGUCUAAAACACAAACAGUGUCUUGGCACCAUCUGCUUCCGUCUUGGUCCCAAGUAACUAUGUUGAAGUGAGCGAAGGAACUUCCAUUUAGUAAAGGCAGGAGUUAUAUAGACUUGUGACUUCUUUAGGAGAUUAAAACUUUUUGGGUCGGACAUCAAGUCCUCGUGGCAGAUCUCUGUGCCGAGCCCCCACAAAUAUCGGAGGUCACUGUGUAACCUCGACAGGUGAACUUCACUUUGACCUCUACAGUUGUCACAGUUCAACUUUGCCACUGACCAAAUCGAUCAGUGGGCGCGCUUUAGCGCAAUAAACUUCUAUACUUAAUAUAUCACAUUCCUUUGAUUUUUGCGGCAGCCAGCUCGGGUCUCUCGCGGAAAUACAUUUUUCGUAUGUGAAGGCUCGUACGCAUUUCCGUGGGCUGUUGUCGCUACAUCCUGCAACUGCCAUCUCACCCCAAAAACAGCGGCCAAAAAAAGUUAGGCAAGUUCAGUCGGGUCGGGCCCCAUCGCUCGGUGUGCGGCGGGCUUGGCGCUACCUAAAUAUAAAAUUCACACCCGGUGUUUUUUUUUUUUUUUUGACCAAAUCAGUAACUCGGGGGUGUCGGGCGUAUUUUUAUCGCGGGCCACAUUGUUGUUAGGGUUUCUGUCACAGGGCCAUUAUGACUGAAACCAUGAAAAUCUUGAAUUGACAUAUCAUAUUUACACAAAGUUAUCAACUAUUUUUGGAAUCAGAAAUCAAGGAUAAUUGUUUUCUCAAUUAUUGUUUGUGUUUAGGAACACAAAAAUGUUUGCAAUACCUCAACGUCACCAUUUAUGAUAUGACAAUUUGAAAUUUUGGUAAAGAUUUGAACAAAAAUCGUGAAAAAAAAAAUCAUGCCUUUGCGGGCCACAUAAAAGGCCGUGCCAGGCCGCAUCUGGCCCCCGGGCCUUGAGUUUGACACCUGUGCAGUAACUGAAUCAGAAUCAAGUUGAUAUGAUGUCCUGUUUUUAGAUUAAGAAAUGGGAGUAUAAAAAGUUGUUCAUUGAUUAUAAUCAUUAGUUGCAACCCUAACACAAAUUCUAAUUGAUUUGUGGAUUUGCUCUUCGGUUCUUUAUUAGAGAACAGCAACUUGUGCAAAAAGUACUGAAACAUCGUAAAAUGCAUGACAAAGUUCUGAAGUUCUCCCAUAAAUGCGGGAGUCCGUUUUGGGGAUCAUCCUGAAAUGUUAGCCGAACGGUUAAUCUGCCUAAAUUUUUGUGAGGAGUGCAAAUACCAAAAGACACGCAAGAGCCACGCAGGCAGGAGCCCGAGCACCGCGCAGGCCGCUUUAUACGCUAAACACCGCAACGUAAAAUGAAAAUGUUGGAACGCAGGCGUGUCAAAGUCGUUUGUGCCGCGGGCCACAUCCUAGGCACGGUUUCCCUCGGAGGGCCGUCACAUAUGGGCUAAAUGUUCAAUUCAUACACAAAAAGAACAAUAACUGCAUUCUAAAUCAAAAGCCAGUAAAAAAGUUGUUCAUACAGUUUAUUAUGAAAUAGAGAUCGGGAUCAAAAAAUGUUUCCAAUGUGUCAAAAGUGAAGAGGAUUUGUGAGUCCACGGACUUCAGCGGACCACAAAAAAAAAAACGAUGUGGCGGAUGGGAUGUGGCCCCGGGCCUGGCGUUUGACACGCGUGUGACGUAACGCUCGACGGGCCUACCGCAGCGCAAAGCAUGCCAAAUGUUUCUCGUACUCGCCUCGGGGUCGGCGGCCGCUUGCCGCACGUAGUUCCGCUUCACGUUCGUCCACAACUUCCACGGCUCAGCCAACGCUCUGAAUGUCUUUCACCUCCUUGCAAUGUCACGAUAAUAAUGUAACGGUAGGUUGUGUAGUCAAGGUCAACUGGGGGCGGCACAUCUAUUUAUGCUUGGAAUUCUUCGUGAGCUGUAGGUCAUCGCGCAAAUGUUUUUCCAGGGAGGAUAAUAAGCACGGAAACGUCUGCCUUAUCUUCAUGUAAUUUGUGCUGAGAGGGCAUUUGCAAAAGCGCUGCUGUCAUAAGAUUUGGUGGUAUAAUUAAACUUACUAGGCUGUAAAUUUGUAAGGAAUUCCUUUUUUUAAUUGAUUCUUUAUUAGAGAAUACGACCAUAGCUAAGAUAGGAAUUGUCACUUUAAAAAUCUGCUCUUCACAUAAUGCUUGUCUUCUAAUAAUAUCAAUGCGCACAAUAAAGCUCUUUUUGGU